GUCUGUGUGUGUGUGUGUGUGUGUGUGUGUGUGUGUGUGUGUGUGUGUGUGUGUGUGUGUGUGUGUGUGUGUGUGUGUGUGUGUGUGUGUGUGUGUGUGUGUGUGUGUGUGUGUGUGUGUGUGUGUGUGUGUGUGUGUGUGUGUGCGUGUGUGCGUGUGUGUGUGUGUGUGUGUGUGUGUGCGUGCGUGCGUGCGUGCGUGCGUGCGUGCGUGUGUGUGUGUGUGUGUCUGUGCGUGCGUGUGUGCGUGCGGAUGUGUGUGUGUCUGGUGGUGUGUGUGUGUGUGCGUGCGUGCGUGCGUGUGUGUGCGUGCGUGCGUGCGUGCGUGCGUGUGUGUGUGUGUCUGUCUGUCUGUCUGUCUGUCUGUGCGUGCGUGCGGGUGUGUGUGUGUCUGUGCGGGUGUGUUUGUGUGCAGGAUUGCAGCAGAAGUGUUUCGGUGAGGAACAGAGGAACACACACAGAUAAGAUGAGUGUAAACGGCUGCAGAGUUAAUGAGAAAGUGUUGACGCUGGACACUAUGAAUCCUCAUGUUAAAUGUGUGGAGUAUGCUGUGAGGGGUCCAAUCGUCCAGAGAGCCGUUCAGAUCGAGAAAGAGCUCAAGACGGGAGUAAAGAAGCCCUUCACAGAGGUGAUUAAAGCAAAUAUCGGUGACUGUCAUGCCAUGGGCCAAAAACCUAUUACCUUCUUCAGACAGGUUUUGGCACUCUGCUCUUACCCUGAUCUUCUUGAAGACAGCAAAUUUCCAGAAGAUGCCAAAACUCGAGCGCAACGCAUUCUGCAAGCAUGUGGAGGAGGAAGUCUUGGUGCUUACAGUGCUAGUCAGGGAAUUGAAAUGAUACGACAAGAUGUCGCUCAAUACAUUGAACGGAGAGACGGAGGAGUAAAAUGUGACCCUGAAAACAUUUACCUCGCCACAGGAGCCAGUAAUGCCAUUGUGACGAUGCUGAAGUUACUGGUGUCAGGUGAAGGAGCUUGUCGUACAGGAGUGAUGAUCUCAAUCCCUCAGUAUCCGCUGUAUUCGGCCGCUCUGGCUGAGUUGGGUGCGGUACAGAUCAGUUAUUAUCUGGAUGAAGACCACUGCUGGAGUCUGAAUGUCAAUGAGUUACGGCGCGCCCUGCAGGAAGCAAAGAGUCACUGCAGUCCACGAGCAUUGUGCAUCAUCAACCCCGGCAACCCUACAGGUCAGGUGCAAAGCCGUCAGUGUAUUGAGGACGUGAUCCGAUUCGCUGCAGAAGAGAAACUUUUCCUCAUGGCUGAUGAGGUCUAUCAGGAUAACGUUUACGCAGACGGGUGCAAGUUUCACUCCUUUAAGAAGGUUCUGUUUGAAAUGGGCCCACGAUACUCGGAGAAAGUAGAGCUGGCAUCAUUUCAUUCCACCUCGAAGUGUUACAUGGGAGAAUGUGGUUUUCGUGGUGGUUAUAUGGAGGUGGUAAAUCUGGACCCUGAUGUGAAAGCUCAGCUCACUAAACUGGUGUCGGUGCGUUUGUGUCCUCCAGUGCCUGGACAAGCUCUUCUGGAUGUAGUGGUCAAUCCACCCCAACCUCAUGAACCCUCCUAUAACACAUUCAUCAAGGAACGAUCAGACACGUUGUCUGCGCUGGCAGAGAAAGCCAUCAUGACACAAGAGAUCCUGAAUCAGAGUCCAGGUAUACAGUGUAAUCCAGUGCAAGGGGCCAUGUACACGUUCCCUCGAAUCCACCUGCCACCCAAAGCCAUUCAAGAGGCCAAAGAGAAGGCUGAAGCUCCAGAUAUGUUUUAUUGUAUGAAGCUGUUGGAGGAGACGGGCAUCUGUUUGGUUCCUGGCAGUGGCUUCGGUCAGCAAGAGGGAUCUUACCACUUCAGAAUGACGAUUCUUCCUCCCAAAGAGAAACUCAUGAUCGUGUUGGCCAAGAUUCAAGAGUUUCACCAGCGUUUUACAGCACAAUACUCUUAACUGAUGAGCAGUCAAGUGCUCCGUAUAACACAUGAAACUGGAGUGACUCUGGAUCACACACAGACACCCGCAGAGCGCCAAUGACACAAUGCAGUUUAAUAUGUUGUGAUAUUACACUUCAUUUAUUCAUUCAUUCAUGUUUCAAAAUGGAGAUUAUUGAAGAUUGUAAACUGAGUCCAUGUGGGAUUAUUUCAUAUAGCAGUUGUGUUCAGAAGCUUUAGGCCUUCUGCUCUUUAAACCCUUCGAUCACAGACAUUAUAGAGUCAGACAUGUACAGAUGAGGAAAGGAGACAUCGUGAGGUUAAAUAUGACAGUUAAAAUAGAGCUUUAUCUACUGUCUGCUGAAACAUGCUGCUGUUCCGUUUUUAGAUUUGAUUCCAGCUUUGAAACAUGUUAUUGAAAUAAACUCUUGAUUUUCUCAUUCAAGUAGAUAUCAUCUGUACUUACAGUAGUCCAAUAUGAACAUUAAUUAGAGGAGCUUGCGAAUGCAAAGCAUCACUAUUGUUAUCCUGCCAGCUUCUUGUUCUGGACAAAACUUCAGCGCGUAACUCGUCUCGCACCGUUUGUCAUAGACCUGUUAAUGUGGGCUCAAAUCGAGCGGCUUGUUGAGGAGAGAUGUGCUUUGACUUUUAUAAGCAAUCAGGUGUAUGGUGUUCAUUGGGGGGGGGCGGCGACAAAUCCAGUAGACUUAAAGGAGUGGUUUACCUUCAAAAUGAUAAUUCUGUCAUCGUUUACUCACCCUCUUGUCAUUACAAACCUUACAAUUACAUUACAAAAAAAAGAAUGUUCUUCACUUGUAACCAUUCACUUGCAUUGGUUACAGUAGAAGUGAAUGGGUGGGGGGGGGGCUGUGCUGUGCUGUGCUGUGCUGUUACCAACAUUCUUCAAAAAGGGCAGUAAAUCGAGUUCCCGCUUUCAUAGAAAUGUCUGGUUUCCCUGAUAGCAGACAUACAUCUGGCCGACGUCUAUUUGACAUCUGCAAUACGUCUCGGAGACGUCUGCUGUCAGAUGUCAUAUGGACAUCUAGAAGACGUCAGUAAUAUGUUUGACUUAGAAUGGAUGUAAAACUGCUCUUUAUAAGAUGUUAGGCAGAUGUUUUUACACAGCAGAUGUUUUCCUGCUCUCCAGAUCCUUAGAAGACGUCUUACAGACAUACGUGUGCUAGCUGGGUUAACAUGUUUGAAGAGGCUGGCAGGCUCUGUAAGGUGACGCCUCAAAAUCAGGUGUAAGUUGUACCUCAGGGGCUCCAUAAUAAAAUGCUGAGUAAAUAC